ACUACUCUGUAGAUUCACAGACAGAGAGAGAGAAAGAGAGGGAGAGGUUGGAGGGGUCCAUCAUUACUAGUAAUAGACAACGACUGUUAACUUUAAUUUCAAUAUAACCAGGAAGUUUGAUCCUUGGAGUUCUAUUGUUUUCAGCUCACUCUCACACCAUUGUUUCUCUGUCUCAGGGGAUUAAAGACAGAGUCCACAGUUGUUGAUCCAGGCUUGCUUUCAAUGGGGAAAUCUCCUGGAAAAUGGAUCAAGACUGUGCUUUUUGGGAAGAAAUCAUCCAAAUCUAGUAUGUCAAAAGAUGAGGUUAAGAUUUUGUCAGAUGAAGAGGCUGAGAAUCCUUUUGUAGUUUCAGAACAAGAUCCUCAUGAACUGGAGACGGCUAAUCUAAGUUCCAACUUACCACAGAAUGGCAUCUUCUCAUUGUCUGGAACAGAUGGUGCUCAAAGAGAGGGAACGUUGGAGUUGAUUUCACUAGAUUCUGAAGAGAUUGUUGUGCUAGAGCAAGCUGCUAUAAAGGCACAGGCAGCCUUCAGAGGCUAUUUGGCUCGCCGUGCAUUUCAAGCUCUCAAGGGUAUCAUUAUGCUGCAAGCACUUAUCCGCAGGGACUUGGUUAGGAGACAAACUUGUAAUUCUGAUAUGCUUUGCACACAAGAGCAAUUGAUUAGCCACCAAACAGAAUUAGUACCAGAACAACCUCAAAAUGAAAUUCAGAAGAUUAGACGAAAUUCGAGGAAAGUUUCUGGAUUCAGGACAGAGGCUACUAGGCAAAAGGCAAGCCUGAAGAAGGUGUCAAGCCCCCCAGUUCAUGAUGUUCCUCAGAAGGCUGUGCAUAAUUCUUCUGAGAAAAAAAGUGCUGCAGUUGUUUCGGUGUUGAAAGUUUCGAAACAGCCUGAGAUACAAACUACUCCAAACUCAUAUACAGCAGAGGAGAAACAUGAUAUGGAGGAUGGUAAUCAUCUUGAUGAUAAGCUACAUCCUCCUGAAAAUGGCCAAGAAGAAGACCAAACAAACAAGGAGAAUCAGAGAACCAGCAGGAGAAGAUUAUCUUUCCCAGUGAAGCUGGAAUCUGGAGAAAAUGGUUCACAGAAUUCUCCAACUUUUCCAAGCUAUAUGGCCGUGACUGAAUCUGCAAAGGCGAGACUUAGAAGUCAAGCCGGAUCACCAAAGUUCAGACAAGAUGGUGUUGAAAAUAAUGGUUUCUACAGGCAGAAUUCCUCGCCAUCUUCUGGCAAUGGAAGAUCAAGCUCGAUGUCAUCGAGGAUGCAGAACAGCAGAAGUGAAAAGUCCUCUAGAAAUAGUCAUGGUGGCCCAGCCAGAUUGGAAGAGAUGAAUUUUCUGCAAUCUGCUUUAACAGAUAAAGAAAGUAUCUACAAUGUUGUGUGAUGGAUGUACAUUUUACCUCUCAUUUUCUUCCAGAUGUGCUGCAGAUAUUUAUGUGUGGAG